AUAUUCUGGACAUGGUGCUGUGCGUUGUUCUCCACCCCUGCAGCUUGAUUAUCACCUGCAGCUGCUGCAGCCUGACUAUUUUUGGUCGGGACGUCGACGUAAAACUCUAUCGAAAGUCUUCAGUCUCGAAAACUACAGCUGUUCAUCUACAGAAUAAACCCGCACUGCUUUGACGCUUGUCGGUUCAGUUGUUUUGCGAAAGAGAUUCGGCAUCAUCUUCGUAAGCUACCCCUAGUUCAAGUUGCCGUCAAGCUUGGGUCUCAGACACGACUUCCGCUGCAGACAAAAUCGCUCUGGAGAACGAGCUUCUCCAGGGGACCAGUCCACGGAGCUGGCCUGUGUUCACGUCUAGUCAAGCCUUUGCCUUCUUGACACGCUCGAUGGUAUCAAAAGGGCUCCCAAUGGUCUUUAAGCUUAAGCUCUACGGGAAAUUUCCACAGCUGGAAAACCGGUGACAGCCAGAAGACUGACGCAGUGAGAUAAACAGGCGACAAACGGUAGAAUAUGGCGCCGGUGACAAAAGGGCGAUGAUUGACGCGUAGUGAACUGGUAAUCAACGGAUGACAACCGGUGAUCGCUGGUGACUAGUACGCAGCGAGCUGCAGGGGGCAAGGCAUUGUUUGGGGAUAGCUCUAGAGCAAGGAAAGCUUACUAUGUACU